AUGGCCACCUUCAUCACCUGCGUUAAUAGUUUACGGGUCUAUCGUCCGUUUUGGUUCAGCAUUCGUCUGCUUGCACCCACAUUCUUUGGCGCAAAGUCACGUGCCGUGCAGAUUUAUGUGGUGCUACUUCAUCUGUUGGUAACUAUAAUGUUUCCAGUGCAUUUAUUGCUUGGUUUGGUACUCCAACCGACGCCAGAUGAGAUGUUUAAGAAUCUCACCAUGAGCAUCACUUGCAUGGCCUGCAGUUUGAAGCAUAUUGUUCACCUGUAUCACAUAUCAGAUAUUGUUGAAAUUGAAGGAUUGCUGGAAAAAUUCAAUACAUUUGUUACCAGUGAGGAGGAACAAAGCUUUUAUCACGACAAUUUGAGCAAGCGAAUUCAACUAAUUUAUCGAUGCAUUCAAAUAAGCUAUAUCUUUAUCUACGUAAUGUUUCUCUUGACUUUGGUACUUCAUAUCAGAGGGGAACAUCGCGAAUUGUUGUAUUCGGCUUGGUUACCAUUCGAUUGGCAACGAAAUGCUAUCGUUUACACUUUAGCUGUGUCCUAUCAGACUAUGUGCAUUUUAAUGGAAGGAUUUCAGGGACUUGCAAAUGAUUCGUACACACCACUUACUUUAUGCUUUUUGGCUGGACAUGUCCAUUUGUUGGUCAUACGUCUUAAGCAAUUGGGAUAUCAGGAACUGCAAGAAGAGCGAGAAUUGAAUCAACAUUCUCAACUUUUGUCUUAUAUUGAACAGCAUAGACAACUGAUGAGACUCCAUCAGCUAAUACGAAAGACCAUCACUCAGGUGCAACUGAUUCAACUAAUUUGCUGUGGCGCCACUUUAUGUUUAAUUGUGUGUUAUGUCCUGUUCUAUGUAAGAGAUAUUGUGGAAUUUUCGUAUUAUAUAAUUUACUUUGCCGUCAUUUGUAUACAACUUUUUCCCGGCUGCUAUUAUGCAAGUGUUGUGGCCGAGGAAAUUCAGAACUUACCUUAUGCCAUUUUCUCGAGUAAAUGGUAUGGCCAAUCAAUUGAUUAUCGUCGAAAUGUGCUCAUCUUUAGUCAAUUAACAUUGGGCAAGACAGGCAAGGACAGAGUCAUGAAAGCCGGUGGUAUUAUUGAGCUCAAUUUGAAUGCCUUUUUUGCCACCUUGAAGAUGGCUUACUCCCUCUUUGCUGUAGUACUACGAUCAAGGGACAUUUAA